UCUGACCGACCGACCCGACCCGAAAGAAAAAUAAAGAGAAAAAGAGGAAUCUUGACUUGAACUUGAUCAAGGCUCUCGAAUGUUAGAAGGCCUGUAAACUAUAGUGUCAAAGAUCAUUUUUGUAAACAAAGGUACACAGGUGCAGUGGAGGUUAGUCUUCCAAUUUGCCGGAAAAGAGAAUACCCAAAUGACUGACAGUUUGGUAUGUCAAUACUAAUGAUAUUGACACUUCAACUUCAUCUUAUUCCUUGCAACUAAAUUUUACUUCAAACAUCGGUGGAGCCUGUCAGAAAAUCUGUGUUUGCUCAUUUGUCUGCUGCGUCUUCCAUGGAAUCUUUUAAUUUAUCACUUGAUGAUGAUCAUGUGCAUUCAAAUCCUGAUAAAAUGGAGAUAUCAGGACAUGUUUCUCCUGAACCUAACUACUGUGAGCCAUCAACAUCAUUUGUAGCGGACAGUCCAUUUUCCUUGCCUGCAAAUCGUCUUUCAACUAACGACCAACCUCACAAUGAACCAAAAGACAGCCAAAGCACAAGAAUUACGGAGAAGAAAACAAUGGGAUCGACAGCACAUUUUAAAACUCCACUAUCUGUACCCAGUUCUUCUAAACCAUCUUCAAAGCAGACAUUCUCUUCCUCUAAAGUACAAAUUAUGGGUCGCUCCACACCUAGAAGUACAAAGACUGCAGCCUCACCAAAAAAAAAUCCUACUGUGAAGAUUGCAUCUUUUGCAAAAGCAUCGGCAGUGGAUCGUCUUGCACCAACUUCUGCUAGUUCCUUAGAUAAACCAUCAGUACCUUCUCAUUUCAUGUCUCAAAACAAUCCUGGAGGAUCUAAACAGCUAAUUACCCAAACAUCUUUGCCAACCCCUGCACUUAAUUCAGCUCUUAGGUCAUUCUUCAAUUAUGCCUCUCAGUCUGAGGCAAGUCCUUCUACUGAUGCUAGCCAUUCAGAUGAAGAAGAUGAAGAUGAAGAUGAGGUUGACGAGAAUAUUGAAGAGGAGGAGAUACUAGUUUACAUGCAGUUUGAUACUAAAUUAGAUAGUGAUCUUUUACAAUCUCAUACUCCAUUUAAAAUUAUUGGCAUUGAUUCAGAUAAACCUGUUCUUCAGCUUGGAAAUCAGGUCUUUCAAGGGAAUUGGAGUGACACUAUUGGAACCGCUGUAUUCUUUGAAGAAAAUCCCAGUGCAUCAUCUGGUGAUCCAGUAUUCACUAAAAACCCUCCUUCAACAUUAAACUACCACAGCAAAACUCAAAAAUCGUUGGUCAUGUCCCGUAUCUUUGUCAAACCAAAAGAACAAGAUGAAGAUGGUGCAGCUAUGGUUCCUAUGGCAAUUGUUGAAGUUCCUCCUUGAAGCAGCAAUUAUUUUCAACUGUUACAUUUGCCUUUGAUCAUCAAUGAUAGAAGGAAGUAAGUAGAAGUAGAUUGUAUUCCAAAUUCCAGCAUUGCCAAAUCUUCUCUAGAAAAUGUUUUCCUCUUUUUUUAAGGUUUUCCUGUUGUUUUUUUUAAAAAAUAAGUUGGAUUUGGGAAAAUUAA